AUGAAUGAAUCUGUGCCAUUUUCUUGCCUUAAUGCAUUGGGAAUUUAUACAUGAUUUCAUCUUAACUUGAUCCUCUUCUUCUAUUGUGCGUCAGGCUUUUUGGACCCACCUCUGGACUGUGCCUGUACCUGUAUCGCAUACUACCCUGGCCCUCAGUCCGGCGUGUGGUCCGAGUUCGGUUCUCGGCAUCUUUUUAGCUCAGAAGCCCUAUUCUGGCCCGGGCCAGAGUUAGUUUCUUCGGGUCCAACUUCCACACACCAAGUGCUUUCACUCACUGACGCGGGUCUCACCAGCGACCGCUGCGUCCUUGUCGGGACUAAACGUGGUGAGGUAGCGCUCGUGGAUCUACGUCGUGGUGGGGUCGUGAGUGCCUUCACUGCUCAUGAAGCCUCUGUGCGGUCAAUUACGAUUGACAUGGCUACAGAUUGUCUGAUCACCGGCGGGUCUGAUGGAAUUGUUAAAGUGCGUGGUUAUGCCUUAUAUACUAAGUUUAAUGUUUUUUACACGAUACUUUUAAUAAAAUUAUUUUCAAGUAUAAAAUUAAAUAUUGGUCGCUGGUUGUUAUCUCAAUUCUUACCCUACUUUUUAAAUAUCAGACACAAAUUAUGCAGAGUGAAAUUUUUUUCGAUUAUAUCUUCAGCUUAA